GACGUCAGUCUCAGAGCGUCAGCUUGUCGCGGCUCAUAUUUCCGGGUUUCAGAAUGAAACGCCUCCUGUUCAGUCAGAAAAAGUAAAGUUUCUUUGCGGCGGGAGGCUUCCUCGAGGAGUUUGAGGUGUUUUCUGAGUCUCAGUUUGUCUGUCUGAACCUACCUGAUCCUCCAGCACCUGAAACCGGUCCACCUUCAGCAGCGAGGAUGUCGACCACGUCUCAGAAACACCGGGACUUUGUAGGCGAGCCGAUGGGAGACAAGUCGGUGACGUCUCUGUCAGGCAUCGGAGAGGUUCUGGGGAAGAAGCUGGAGCAGCAGGGCUUCGACAAGGCCUACGUAGUUCUGGGUCAGUUCCUGCUGCUAAAGAAAGACCGCGAGAUGUUCACCGAGUGGCUGAAGGAUGCCAGCGGCGCAAACUCCCGUCAGGCUGGAUCCUGCGAUCAGUGUCUGAGGGAGUGGUGUGAUGCCUUCCUCUGAGACUCCGCCUCUUCACCGAAGACCCCGCCUCUUCCUGUUCAUCCCGAGCUCCUCACUUCCUGCGUCUGAAGCUUCAAUCACAGCUCAUAACUCUGUUGGCUUUAAAGCAUUUCAGCCGGCUUCACGCCAGCUCGCUGUGACAUCACAGGUGUUUGUUUCCUGUUUUUAUGAGCUUGUUUCUUUGGGGAAAGUUGAAUAAAAGCUUUGUGUCUGAAUAA